AUGAGGGCAGAGGCGGGCCCGGCGGGCCUGGGAGCGGGGAAGGGCCCCGAGGCCGGGAGCAGGAGCGGAGCAGAGGAAGGCCCCGCGCAGAAGGGCCCGGGGGACGAGGAGGAGCGCCCUUGGGACGCGCAGCGCCGGCGCUUCAGGCAGCUCCGCUACCGGGAGGCCGAGGGGCCCCGGGGGGCCUGCAGCCGCCUCCAUCAGCUCUGCCGCCAGUGGCUGGAGCCCGAGAGGCGCAGCAAGCGGGAGAUGCUGGACCUGGUGCUCCUGGAGCAGCUCCUGGCCGUCCUGCCCCCGGAGAUGGAGCGCUGGGUGCGGGGCUGCGGGCCCGAGAGCAGCGCCCAGGCGGUGCAGGAAAAGAUCGGGCAGGAGCAUCACCACAAAACACCUUUGCAGGGUGGUGCCUUGAAAGCAGCGAUACCUUCUUUGGCAUCAAUUUGUAGCAAACAGAAAGCCGCUUCCAUGCAGCAGGACUCGGGUCUGGUGACCUUUGAGGAGGUCUCAGUUCAUUUCACUGAGGAGGAGUGGGCCCUGCUGGAUCCAGACCAAAGACGCCUUCACAAGGAAGUCAUGGAGGAAAACUGGCAGAAUGUGGCCUCUUUGGAGCCUGAAGGUCCCCCGGAAAAGCUCAAGGGAGGACCACAAGAGCUCCCUCUGGAAGGGAAACAGCAAACAGGCCACAGUGAAACAGACCGGAAGAGGGGGAGUGAAUCCUCUGCUUCUCAGGGUGCUGAAUCCCAGGACUUCCCCCCAGACCAAGGGAAGAUCAGUUGCCCUGUGUGUGGAAAAACAUUCAGAUAUAAAUCACGGCUUGAUAGACACUGGAGAAGCCACACAGGGGAGAAACCGUAUACAUGUUUGGAGUGUGGAAAGGGAUUUAUUCAGAAUGGCAGCCUUAUUGCCCAUCAACGUUUCCACACAGGGGAGAAACCGUACAAAUGUUUAGAGUGUGGAAAGGCCUUUUUUCGGAAGAAACACCUUUUGGAGCACAAAAACAUUCAUACAGGGCAGAAACCUUAUAAAUGCUUGGAGUGUGGUAAGAGCUUUGCCCAGAGUAAAGAUAUUACUAUCCAUCGUCGAAUCCACACAGGGCAGAAACCAUUUAAAUGUCUGGAGUGUGGAAAGAGGUUUUCUCAGAGUGCCCACCUUACUGCACAUCAAUGUUUCCACACACAGGAGAAACCAUACAAAUGUCCUGAGUGUGAAAAGAGCUUUUCUAACAGUAAAGAUCUUUCUACCCAUCAACGAACCCACACAGGGGAGAAACCAUAUGAAUGCUUGGAGUGUGGCAGGAGCUUUUCUUUCAUUGGAGGAUUUGCUCGUCAUCGACAGAUCCACACAGGGGAGAAACCAUUUAAAUGCUUGGAGUGUGGCAAGAACUUUGCUCGAAGUGUAUCCCUUACUGACCAUCAGCGUAUCCACACAGGGGAGAAACCAUAUAAAUGUUUGGAGUGUGGAAAGAGCUUUGGUCGAAGUGCAUACCUUACUAUCCAUCAGCGUAUCCACACAGGGGAGAAACCAUAUAAAUGUUUGGAGUGUGGCAAGAGCUUUGGUCGAAGUGCAAACCUUACUGUCCAUCAGCGUAUCCACACAGGGGAGAAACCAUAUAAAUGUUUGGAGUGUGGAAAGAACUUUACUCAGAGGACACAGCUUACUGUCCAUCAACGAAUCCACACAGGAAAGAAACUACAAAUACCAUAUAGAUGUUUGGAGUGUGGAAAGGCCUUUGUUCGGAAGGAACACCUUUUGGAACACAAAAACAUUCAUACAGGGCAGAAACCUCAUAAAUGCUUGGAGUGUGGUAAGAGCUUUGCCCGGAGUAAAGAUAUUACUAUCCAUCGUCGAAUCCACACAGGGGAGAAACCAUUUAAAUGUCUGGAGUGUGGAAAGAGGUUUACUCAGAGUGCCCACCUUACUGUACAUCAACGUUUCCACACAGGGGAGAAACCAUACAAAUGUCCUGAGUGUGAAAAGAGCUUUGCUUGGAGUAAAGAUCUUACAUCCCAUCAGCGAACCCACACAGGGGAGAAACCAUAUAAAUGCUUGGAAUGUGGCAGGAGCUUUGCUUUCAUUGGAGGACUUGCUCGUCAUCGACAGAUCCACACAGGGGAGAAACCAUUUCAAUGCUUGGAGUGUGGCAAGAGCUUUGCUCAAAGUGCGUACCUUACUGUCCAUCAGCGUAUCCACACAGGGGAGAAACCAUAUAAAUGUUUGGAGUGUGGAAAAAGCUUUGCUCAGAGGAUACAGCUUACUGUCCAUCGACAAAUCCACAUAGGGGAGAAACCAUAUACAUGUUCUGACUGUGAAAAAAGCUUUUCUCGGAGUAAAGAAUUUACUCUCCAUCAACGAAUCCACACAGGAGAGAAACCAUACAAAUGUUCUGAGUGUGGCAAGAACUUUGCUCGAAGUGCAUACCUUACUGUCCAUCAACGUAGCCACAAACGGAAGAAACUAUAUAUAUGCUUGACUUGUGGAAAGACCUUCAACCAAAACACAGAGCUUAACUACCAUAAGAGAGUCCACGAAGAAGAGAAAUCAUCUGUAUAUUUGGAGUGUGGAAAAGACUUUGGUGGGAAUGGAUCUCUUUCUGUCCCUCAGCAUAUCCACACAGGAGGAACCAUACCCUGUCUUCCUUCUCAACACGGAUCUGAAAUGACUUAUAUUGUUCUCCUGUCUUCCAUUUGUUCCUCCCAGUAACCCUGCUGAAAGGAAAGUUAGGCUGAGAACAAGUCGCUGGCCCACAGCCAGCCACCAACUUUCAGAGGCAUCAGUGGGGUUUGAACUUGGACUGACACUCCAACUGCUUGCUGGAAACCAACAUCAAGACAAUUCACACUGUGUUUGAGUGUGAAUGUUGGACAAGGGAGAAAGCUGACAAAAAGAAAACUGACUCAUUUGACAAGUGGUAUUGGAGGAGAUUUUUACAGAUACUAUCGUACCAUCAUACUUUGGUCACAUCAUGAGAAGACAAAACUCACUGGAGAAGACAAUAAUGCUAGGAAAGGUGGAAGGCUUGACUCAGUAGCCACGGCCUCCAGUUUGCAGAGCCUGAGCAAGGUUGUUAAUGAUAGGACAUUUUGGAGGUUAGUUCAUUGGCUUGAUGGCAGACCUCACUCAUUCACUCGCACAUGCACUUGCACCCGCAUACACACACACACACACACACACACAGGUUUUACUUUCCAUGUCUGUGCUUCCUUUCUCCCCAAAGUCAACACAAAAGAGGCUUACGUUGUUGUGGUCUCUCAUUGCAUCACAAUACCUACCCUGUGAGUCCAGGGUAGGUAUAGGCAACCAUAGAUUCCAAUAUGAAAAGUAGAGGGAGGGUCUGGAGAUUACCCUGGCCAGGAUGUCCAUCCUGUUUGGCACUGCACCUCCUGUGAUCAUCCUGAAGCUGGUGUCCUGUAUUGAGACUCCUCACAUCAGUUGCUGAGGAGUUACGCAGACCAAAGAUGGAUGGAUGGAGACACAGAUCGAUUUCAGUGUCCCAGGAAGUGUUACCUGCUGUAUACCUGCGCAAGUUCCUACCUCCCCAGCCUGAUUGAGGUUGUAGUUAUAGUUUCCCCAAGAUGUAAGAACUCCAGUUCCAUACUUAUUCACAAAAUCCAAGCACAAAGAUUGAUUACUGGAAAGAAAGCCCGUUGUGGAAAAAAAUACAACGGGCUCUAGAGAGCGGGCAGGCAGGCAUUCCCUCCUCCUCCGUCACUGAUCUUGGCCAGUGAAGGAAGGGGGUGGACAUUGCCACCUGCUCCACACCCGAUCUCAGCAACUGAAGGGGGGGUCAGCUCUGCUACCUGCUGCACACCUGAUACACGUCGGGUAAAGGGGGGCAGGCAUUGCCACCUGCUCCGCUCCUGAUCCCAGCCGGGUGAAGGGAAAAUGGGCAUUGUCUUCUGCUUUGAUUACGGCUGGGUGAAGGGGGGCAGGCAUUGCUGCCUGCUCCAAGCCUGAUCCUAGCUGGAUGAAGGGGAGUGGGCAUUGCCACCUGUUCCCUGCUGGGUGAAGGGAGGAGCGGGCAUUACUUCUGUAAUGAUUCUGUAGGCAUAGCCGCCUGCUAGGCUCCUGAUCCCAGCUGGGUGAAGGGGGGUGGGCAUUGGCACCUGCUCCGCUCCUAAUACCAGCUGGGUUAAGGCAGGGUCGGGCAUUGCCACCUGCUCCGCUUUUAAUGCCAGUUGUGAUAAGGCAGGGGUGGGCAUUGCCACCUGCUUCACUCAAUACCACCUGCUUCACUCAAUACCAGCUGGGUUAAGGUGGGAGAGGGCAUUGCCACCUGCUCCGCUCCCAAUACCAGCUUGGUUAAGAUGGGGGGGGCGGGCCUUUCCACCUGCUCUGCUCCUGAUCCCAGCUGGGUGAAGGGGGGGGAGGGCAUUGCCACCUUCUUCGCUUCGCUGGUGGUGCUGCAGGGUAUAAAGUGAAUCAUCUGAAACACACUCUUUUAUGUAGUAAGAUAUGUUUAAAAGUUCUGCACCCCCAAAAGCGCUUUAGACUCAUCAUACAUCCUCAGGCAAUUCUGACUUACCAGGGGGACCUGUUUCAGCCUCCUUUUGCUGAAAUCAGGCCUGCUCAGGCAUCAUAUGUACUCCUCUUUCCGGCAUGGGAUUCUUGUUUCUUUUUCAGGAGAAGGUGUCUGGUACACAAGGGACUCCUUUAGACCCUAGGCAGAGGCCCUGGCUCAAGAGGGCCAGACGGGAGCAAGGGAGAGAAGUGGGCACAUUGAAUGAGUAUUGUUUAGUGGGUAUGGAAAUCUCUGUUCUCACACUGAUAAAGAUGGCAACAGUUUGACAGUAGUAGCAAGUCUGCCAGCUAGAAGUGCUGGAUCUAAGAAAAUCACUUUUGCAGGCCUUGCU